GCCGGAAAACAACACUCUAGGACUCUUUCAGAAAGAAAGCGAAAAGCACUCUCUUUACCACGGCGGCCGUGAUGCGCAGGGGAGACUACUAUGAUGGCAGAUCCUUCAGUGGUGGACCACCUGACACGACUGAAACUCAAACUCCUAGAGAAGAGACUAAAAAAUGAACAGGAGAACCUGGAAAAGAUGGAGUCAUCUCUCCCAGCUGCAAGGAACAGACCUGAGGACAUGCUCCAAAGUGCCCUGAGGCGAAGGAAAGAUCUGCUGCAGGAGCUCAGGGAGCAGCACCUUCUGGAAGAGCUUUCACAGCCACCUGCACCAGCUGGAGGACAUUGUCAUAAUCACAGAGCUGUCCCCCCACAAGUCUACCAGAUCCCUUUUCCAGCUCCCCAAGCGGAGCCACCAAGGAUUAUCCAGCAGACAAUCCCACCUCAGCCUGCCACCAUCAUCCAGCAGCUGCCUCAGCCAUCCCCUGUGAUCACGCAGAUCCCCCCUGCCCAUCCCUUUGCAGCCCCCCACUCUGGAAGCAUUAAGGAAGAUAUGGUAGAGAUGAUGCUGAUGCAGAACGCUCAGAUGCACCAGAUCGUGAUGCAGAACAUGAUGCUGAAGGCUCUGCCGCCGGCGGCGUUCGCGCAGCGCACGGGACCCGGCUCUGCCCCACUCCAGCACACGCAGCAGGACCUGCAGCUUGCUGCUCCCCUGGCAGUGAAGGCAGAUCGUCCCAGGCCGCCCGUGGUGCACCACCACCACCACUACCCUCCCCCAGGGGUGCUUCCAGUGCCUCCCAGGGGCUUCCCAUCCCCAUCCACGGCGCACCACUGGACCUGGACAUAGGCAGCUUGCUCUCUACCCAGCCUAGGUGGCCCACAUACUGACAGGACGGGAUCCUCUGCAAGUGGACCAUAGCCCUUCUAAAAGUAAUAAAAUCCUGAUGUUCUUCCUUGA